UUUGGUGUAUAGUGUCAUGAAACUGCAUGUUCAAACCCUACAUCUAAAAUCACUUAUAGUCCAAUAAAGUUCCUCUCUAAUAUCCCAUGGAGGAAGAACAUCAUCAUUAUAAGGGGAAAGAGCUUCAACUCCUACCAACUCCAAGACCAGCAAUGUCUUCUUCAACUACAACUUCAAGGUGUGUUACUACUACUGCAACAUUAUGGAGAUCAGCAUCAUCGUCGUCUUCGGUACUCGACCAUCAUUUUAAUGCCCCUCCUUCAACAGUAUCAUCAUUAUCAUCUUCUCUUGACCUUCAAUUGUCCAUUAGCCUUCAUCCGAAUCGACCACCACCACAGUCGGAGUUUAUGAGUCCCACCUUCCUACACUACCCAGGUGAUCACACAAAGAAGACAACCGCUACUAAUAAUCAACACCUGGGCUUCAGUAGUACUAUUGAUGCUUUAAAGUGGCAAACUGCGGAGCAAAUUCGAUUGGCCAAGCUAGAGAUGGCUUAUGCAGAACGCGUUAGGGAGCUGACCAGAAGGGAGAUGGAAGUAGCACAGUCUGAAUUUGCAAGAGCUAGGCACAUAUGGCAGAUAGCAAGAGAAGAUGUAGAAAAGGCAGAGAGACUAAAGGAAAGGGCAACUAGAAGGGUUGACUCUACCUGCAUGGAGAUCACUUGUCAAUCUUGUCGUCGACGAUUUCUACGAUAGUAAUUCACCUGUCGUUUUAGUAUCCAAAUUAUUGCUGAGAUCCAUGUAUUACACGACCGAGUAGUCCUGGUUAGAUUAGUUUCUGUUCAGAUUUUCUGUUCCUGCCAAUAUCCUCAAAUUGAACUAGUUGGUGUUUAUUGUUUUACAUAAAA